GCUUGCUCAUGACGUUUACGACGACCUCUUCUCUGCCCGCACUCCUCUCCUCCACACAAACAGAAGGAUAACGCUUAUUUUGGAACAUUUUUCGGCAAGGAUAAAGAUUUACAAUGCUGCGGAGCGCUUCAAAAUUUUCGCGAUAUCGGCAGCUGGAGUUGCAGCUCAGCAUCCUCAACAAACCAUGCAGACAAACAACAUCGAUCAGACACAGCUCUUCUUCUGGUCAAUCCAAAAAACGAGGGUUUGGCCUCCUUAAAACUCUGACAGGACUAGCAGUUGUAACAGGAGCCACUAUGUCAUAUGCCAAAUUUGAUCCGGACUUCAGGGAGUGGCUGAAUACCCAAGUUCCUUACUCCAGUGAUGCCAUUAACAUUCUCUUUCAAGAAGACCAAACUAUCUCCGAAAGGAUUGACAAUUUCUUAACAAGCAUUCAGGAUUGGUUUGGAGGUUGGUUUUCUUCUGACAACUCUCAACCAAUAACGAAAGUAAACAUACCUCCUGUAGAGAAAAAAGAAGUUGUACCAUAUACAGUUACAACUAUUGACAAACCGAAAAAGCAGGAAACAAAGUCUGAGGUUCCCAAAGCUGUUACCCCUACCAAAGUAGCAGAUUUAGAGAGGGAAAUCACGAAAAGUACCACUGUUGCAGUAGAAACAUAUGGGAAAGCAAUUAAUGCAAUCAGAGAGCAAGCAAGAUUUGUGCAAGAAUUGGUGACGAGUGACUUGAAUCGAUUGCAACCAGAAUUGUGGUCUAAUCUAAAAGAAAAAUCAAAAAAUUGUGAGCAGCUUUUAACAAGUGCUGAAGAAAAUGCCAAAAAUGCCCAAGUGAAGAUGCAGGAAGUAGAAAAGCUGCUGUCAUCUGGGGAGCUUGAGGCACCCGCUUCAGUCAAAGAACAUCUUGAAAGAAAUAUCAAAAGAAUGAAAGCUGAUAUUGAGAAAGCAUGUCAAGAGACAGAGAAUGAAAAGUUCAAUACGAGUGUCACCAAAGGCUUGUGGUCAAGGGUUCAGGAAGCCCGUAAAUAUUGGCAAGAUGAGCUGGAGGUUCUCUUUCCAGGACUCAACCUUGAUGAUAAAAAUUUCACAGCCAUGUCUGAUGAAAUUGGGCAGUUUGUAUUGUACUCCUACAUCAAUGUGCAGUACUUCCAAAAAGAGCUGGCUAAACUGGAGAUUAAUGCAGAUAAAAAGCUAAGAGAUGCGAUCGCAAAGUCAACUGCUGCUAACGACUCCUCUGCCCUGGUCUCAGCAGCUGUUGAAGUCGAGCUAGCAAACGAACGAAGGGAAUUAGAUUUGAAAUAUCAGAGAAAGUCAAUGGAACUUCGUGCUGCUUGUGAGCAAGAAAUUCGGAAGCAGCUCCGUAUUCAAACAGAAGUUCAGGCUGAUCAUUUGCGUGACUCAAUCAAGUUAAGAGAAAUGGAGAUUGAACGUAGUCACCGCCGAGAACUUGGCAAGGUUCUGACUGAAGAAAAUGCUAAGUAUCAGAUGCUUUUAGCUGCUUUGUUGGGUCGUAUGAGAGGAAUACAUCAAGGUCUUCAAGAUUUUGUGAAAGUGGACAAGUCUGCACAAGAGGCUCAAGAUUUAUGGACAGCUUGUCAAAUACUUUACAGAAACUUACAGUCACCAAAAGGACCUCAGCCUCUGGCUAAUGAAGUCAACUCCAUCCAAAAAAUUGCCGAAUCAGAUGAACUAGUUAAAACUGUUCUAAAAUCAUUGCCCUCAGAGGUGUCUACUAGGGGAGUUUAUCCUCUUAGGGUGUUAAGAGAACGCUUCUUAAAAGUUGAAAAGGCCGCUCGUACUUUAGCUGCUGUGCCUGAAGAUGGAGGAGUUCUCCCGUUAUACUUGCUCUCAUGGGUUCAGAGUAAAUUAAUGUGGAGCGAUUCUGAACUCAUAACCCAGGAAGAACUGGAGGAUAAACCCACAGCCCAUGAACUCUUGACCAACUAUGACCUCCUAUCCAGAGCUAGAUUUUGGGUGGACCGAGGUGACCUUGCUCAAGCAUUAAGAUAUAUGAAUCUUCUUGAUGGAGCAUCCAAGUCUAUUGCAAUUGAUUGGAUGAAAGAAGCUCGCAUUUACUUAGAAUGUCAGCAGGCUGCCACUGUCUUAGUCACUCAUGCUUCUGCAAAGGGUCUCAUGUUCUCAUAAUGGUAGAAAUUUCUAACUAAUCUUUUUGAAUUAAUUUGAGAGAGCAUUUUGGAGGGAGUUCCAUUGCGAGUGAUUUAGCCAUUACAUUCAUGUGAAGGGCUCAUUUCUUCUUCUUGCUUGUGGAAAAAGAAAAUAUUUAUACCUUUUCUUUCAUUUAUUUACUUGGCUGAAAAUACAUGCUCUUAUUGCUCAGCAAAUCUAAAUACUGUGGAUCUCAUAGUUUUUGCAAAAGUUUUGAAUUACUUUCAAUUUUACAAUGAAGCAAGAUUGAAGACAUCACAGGUAUUGAGCAUUCUUUUACUAUUGAAUGAGUAACAGUAAAAAACUGUUUACCUUCAGUACUUACAAAAAAAAUCAUCUUUUCUAUGUGGGAUUAUUGGAUUGUUCCAAGUCCAGCAUUAAUUAACAUGUGAUGCAUUGGCAGUGCAUGUGGAACUCUUCUUCCUGGAAAUCGAUCCAUGUUGCUAGGUAAAUAGGUACUGUUUUACAUUAAAACUUACCUUUGUAUCAUACUGUUAUUUAUUUUGUAGGCCAAUGAAACUAUGAUAAAAAUUAUGCCUUGAUUAUUUUGAGAAAGAAUAAACUGUUAGUUAGUUA